AUGCUUGCACUGAUUCUUGCUACAAAGAACGAUAUCCCCGCCGACUACUCCAAUGCCACCCUCGUUGUGGUUCCAACGUCUGUGUUGUCAAAUUGGGAAAAGCAAACUCAAGACCAUUGCGCGGCAAAUUCUAUGACAUACUGUACAUAUUACGGGCCUAGUCGGAACAAGUUGGGCGCAGAGGACUUGGGAAAGUAUGAUGUCGUUUUCACCACCUAUCAGCUAGUCGUUUCUGAGCAUGAGACGGGAAACGUUCGAGUAAGCAAAAGAAAGAAGACUGAACGACCUCUUUUCGAGCUGAAGUGGAAGCGUAUCAUUCUCGACGAGGGCCAUCAAAUCCGGAAUCCAAAGACCAAAAUGGCGAAGAGCGUAUGCGCUCUUGAAGCCCAAAGACGGUGGAUAUUAACGGGUACUCCAAUCGUCAACUCUCCUCGCGACCUUGGGUCUCUACUGACGUUCCUGCGGAUUUGCCAACCCCUGGAUAACGAAGACUUCUUCAAAAGACUCUUGAUUCGUCCCUUGAAGGAUGGUCGCCCUGAAGGCGCUGAACUGUUACGAGCUUUGAUGAACCAAGUUUGCAUUCGAAGGACAAAAGAGGUACGACGAGCCUACUACAUUCCUUUGAGGAGCUCAAACAUGUCGCAGAUGCAAGACGGUGCUGGGAACCCACUAAUCCCUUUCCCGCCGGUGGAAAUGAUUAGAGUUCCGGUGGCCCUUUCUGAAGAUGCCCGCGCACUCUACGACGAAAUCGAACAUAUAUCGCAAGAGCGGUUCAAAUCAAUUCUUUCCAGCGGCACUGGAAACGCAAUACUCCAAUCUAAUGCACUGGGUAUGCUGACUCGGAUGCGACAGCUUGCCCUACAUCCGGGUCUCCUUCCAGCAAACUAUCUUGAAGAGCUCCGUAAGUAUGAGCUCCACGAAGACCAACCAGCAAAGGCAGUCACUCCAGAGGAAAAGUAUCAGCUUCAACUGCGUCUCUCUCAGUUGAUCGAGGACUCAGAGGAGUGUCCGAUCUGCUUCUCGAUCCCUGAUGAACCUAAAAUCACUUCAUGCGCCCACUUCUUUUGCUUUCCUUGUAUCAAGGAGAGCGUCUCGCGUAACCCGAUAUGUCCUCUAGAUCGUCGACCGAUCACACUGGGAGAUAUUUUUGAUCCUUUGCCACCCACAGAUACAAAUCAGCCAGUAUCACACGAUGAAGAACCUGAAUCCAAUGUUAAGACCGCAGACUCCGCUAAGAUAGAUCAACUGGUGCACCUCUUGCAACUCACUCCUGUUGGGGAGAAGUCCUUGGUCUUCUCUCAGUUCACGGGCUUUAUUGACAAGAUUGCAGAAACGCUGACCGAAAAAGGGAUUCCGUUUGUUAGGUUUGACGGGAAGAUGUCGGCGAAGAAGAGACAAGAGGCUAUUGCCCGUUUUUCUGUCCCUCUUCGCAAGAAUGCACCCUCCCAUAUUUUUGCCCCUGAGGCGAGCAACGGUAGGAAGCAUUGCAUCUCGAAGAAGCAUUCUGAGGAUGCUUUCGAUCACAAUGGGGAUAGCGACGACGAUUUCGUCUUGGGUACAUCAGAAGCGGACUAUUCUGACUUUGAAGAGGGCCCGCCUAAGCCCAAGAAGAACAGGAAAGGCAAGGCAAGGCAAGUUUAUCCCGAGGAGGACGACUUCGAUGAUAUCGUUUCCGCUACCAAUGACAACCCCGCUGUCAUGUUGUUGUCACUGAAAGCGGGCGCAUUCGGCUUGAACUUGACGGUUGCGAAUAACGUGUACUUGAUGGACCCGUGGUGGCAGGAAGCAAUCGAAAGUCAGGCAAUUGAUCGGGUGAACCGUAUUGGCCAGACACGACCCGUCCGUGUAUACCAGCUCAUAUCCGAGAACACCGUGGAAGCUAGGGUUCUUGACAUUCAAGAGCGCAAAAAGAACUUGGUCAAACAGGCAUUUUCUGGGAUGAAGAGAACGGAAACCCCGCGCCAACAAAGGGAAGCCAGGCUGCAAGAUCUCAUUGAGCUCUUUGGUAUCCGACAAGAUUAA